AUGUUUGAAACCAUCAAGAACUCGUUCUUGCCGUCGCCGGCGCAGCACCGGCGCUAUGUGAUUACGAGCGGAGAUGGGGAUUCCUUGCGGCGGUUGUUGAGGUUGGAGUCGUUGCUGGACCGGGCUGUUCUCGGUUCUGUGGCCGGUGGUGACAAGGCUCGGGUUGGCACCCGGGAUAUGUUUACAAUUCCGAGGGCGAGGAGGGUUCACCAGCCUUUUUGGACCGCGCCGUUUACGAGUUUGGUUACGGGGGUGGGGGCGGUGAAGGCGUUGAGCACGGUUCCUAGGUCGAGGAAGGGGGAGGGGUAUAAGUGGCCGAAUGUGAUUGUUACCAAUGGGCCUGGGACGGGGUUUGUGGUCGCUUUGGUUGCGUACAUCCUCAAGCUACUCGCCGUUGUUCCCCAAGACGGCUGCAAAGUGGUUUACGUGGAGAGCUGGGCGCGGAUUAACAGCUUGAGCCUGACGGGCAAGAUGUUUUACUGGAGCGGCAUUGCGGAGGUGUUUGGGGUUCAGCAUCGGCAGCUGUGCGACAAGUAUGAGGGGGUGGUUUAUGUCGGGGAGGUCGGGGCUGCCAAGGGGGCGAGGAUGGGGUGA